GUACACAAGAUACAGGAAAAGACAGAGAAUAAAGCACUGCAAGUUCCCGGUUUAUCCCACUUUUUCUCGGAUAUCUGCCCAUUAAUCACUAGAUUUGGCUCUCAUGGUGUCACGUAUCUUCGGACCAGUACAACAAAACCAACCUCCUGCAAGAGAGGAAGAGGGAGAGAGAGGUCAUGGGCGAAAGUAAGCAGCUGCCUUCCGCGUAUGAUCUGGGGGCUAAAUGGGACGCAUGUACGGACUUGGCGAUCCGCCGAGUUGCGUACUCUUCCCUGGCCGGCGCGUUUGGGGGCCUCCUCCUCUUCAGAAGUCCUGUAUUACGAUGGGCUUCUGUUGCUUUUGGUGCUGGCAUUGGUGUUGGAGUAGCAUAUACUGAGUGCUCGCUCAAGUUUGAUGGUUCAAAUUUUCCUGCUCCAUUGAAGAGUGCUUCUGAAUCUACAGAAUUUUCUCAAGUUGACAUGUGGAACUCAUACAGAAAUGGAACUUGUGAAAUGAGCUCAAUAGAAGAAGAGAUUCAAUACAAUCAUGUGUCACAUUCAUGGUUCCAUAUGAGAUCUUGGCUCAGGACUGACUUCAUGCCAAGUUGUGCCUUAUGACUCGACCAUAUCUGCUUUUUAUACGAGCUAAUCUUUUGCUGAUCGAGAACAUACAGCAUGAUUGAAAGUGCUGCUGCGCUGCAUUCAUCAGUGACAUCUGAAAGUUGCCACAAUUUUUGUUGCCUUUGUUACCUUUGACAUGCUGCGAGGAAUGUAAUAGUGCUUUUUUCUCUUAAUCAGAUGCCAAAAUUCUCAGGAAUCAAUACUGUAUCGUCUUUCCAGUUUUCUGUUUGACAUGGAUUGGCACAAAUAAUUGUUAAAAAAAAAAACCCCACUUUGUUACAGGGGAUACCUGCACUGCAACUCGGUGUGGAUUGUGGUCUUGUCAGAUCCUUCCCACCAUGCUCUAACAUAAUAUUAACAUUUGAAUAUGUUGCUUAA